CACAAUGUUUAGAAUACACGCUAUUUUGGAGCAAAGACGAUGCUGGCGCUUCCGGGCUUUUCGCUCAGUACAGUUCUCGUUUGUUUGGCCUGGAUACCGCAGUCUCAUCAGGCAGUUAUCACUCUUGAGGAUAUAGCCAAUAAAUGCCACCUUCCUGCUGAUGAAUAUGGCCCAUAUACCGAAUUUUGUCGAAAAUGCAUCGAGGAGAGAAACGGCGUUGGCCACUACGAGUUUCCCUGCGACUGCAAAUAUUACUUGCAGUGUACGCUUCCGGAGGUAGACCAGCAGAAAGGAACAACAUUGGUGAAAGCUGCCAAGAGGCAAUGUCCUCCUGGGACUCUAUAUGACAGAGGGGCGGCAACUUGUGUCCAUUGCUCGGUAGCUCAAUGUAUUGGAAGUCGAUUGGUUAGCGAAACGCCUCCUUUCAAUGACGUCGAAGGUCCUUUGACACCUGCCAAAGCACGUAAUGUGUACUCACAACAGUGCCAACCGAAGUGGGGAGGAUCCACCUGGCCAGUUGCUACGAGUUGUGAAAUAAUCACUGACCUUGAUGACUAUUUUGCAACUGAUGUCAGUAAGAAACGAAAAAAGAGGUCUUUCCCAUGGCCGCCAGGAUGCUGUUGUACACCUGGCAUGGCGAAAUGCCGUCACAGAACACGUCCUGAUUUGUACGUGUAUCGAAUUUGUUCGUCGUGUUGGACCACGAACUGUGAAGAUACGUGCUGGAAGCGCUACUACUGCAGCAUGGAUGAGUCCGUAAUCCUGGAUACUGAUAAAUGUCUUUGUGUCGCACAGCCAAAGGGUCCCAUUGUGCUUUUUGACUUCGAGUAUCCCAUGCCGUUUAUCAGCGUAAUAGACGCUGUGCCAGCUGAUGCAGUUGAUGUACAUAUAAAAUUGGAACCAUCCUGGUCCCACGUGGCAACAUUUGGAUCUCUUUCCCCGUCAGGAGGACUUGAAAUAUCUAGGUUCAACUUGUAUAACUGGGGAAAUUACUUGACAGUUACCUUCCGGUACAAACCAGAAGAGCCCAUUAAAAACGAAGACAGAGAGCUGAUUAACAAUGGCAACUGUGAAUACCCGCCUUCAAUCCGAUUCUACACCCACGGCAAAAUACUUCGGUGUCGUGUUCGAAGUGGUGGGUACUCUCCACAAACCGCCAAUUUAGAGCUUCCGACUAGUUCUCAUGUUGUAGGGGUAGUGCUGACAUAUAAAUAUGGUAGUUUGGCACUAUAUAUCAAAGAUGGCAGCAACGAAUACUCCAAGGGAAGUUUUCUCUUUGGGUACCUUGCCACAACCCCUGCACCUCUGAAUAUAGGAGGGGGGUUGUUUUGUAACAACGGCUGCUCAUUGGGAUUUCUUGGAUGGAUAGACGAUGUUCAGGUCUACGACCGCGUUCUAUCUCCUAGCGAAAUCACAAGAACUUUAAACGGAGAAACAAACAUUCUUGGCUGAGGAGUAGAAAAAUGACGAGACGAAGAAGAAAGUUACAUUUGAAGAAGACGCAAGAGCAGUACGUCGAAGAAAUAACAUCUACGUGCUGCUAAGCCUUUUUACGGUCUUUACGUUUAAGAGUCAUGGAAAAAACACAGUCGCAUUCUUUUUAAAUUCAUGUAGUAAUCUAUUGUCAACAAUUAUUCAAAAAUAUGAACGCUACCUUACGCUGUAUA